AUGUUCAAAAGUACAGUAAAUCCCUCCUUUGGGGCACCCGCCCACGCUUGCACUCAUGAGAAAGAGCCUAAAUUGGGGAAGAGGCAGAGGAUAAAAACGGUGUUGAUGAAAAUGUGGACUAAGAACUGUGCCAAAAAUCCUCGAAGUGAUGUCUCAAUUAGUGAGGGAACAAAUGGUAAGAAUUAUCUGGACUCCACUAAAGGCUGUGUGCUGGAACAGACAAAGUCGUUUGCCUUUCCUGCAGAAGAAGAGGUCCCAUCAACUGCUUCAUCGCAGGUAACAAAUGGCAGCACUCUCACGUUAAGGUCUUUCUGUGGAUCAUCUGUACUUUCCGAAGACCUUGAAACGCAAAAGGUUAACAGUGGCACAGAUCUUCCACGCUCUUCAGCAAUACCAGCUGAGCAACAUGCCAUACCUUGUUCAUCUGCCGCUGAAAUGAAUAGCUCAAAAGCAUUAGACAAGCCUUGCUAUUCUACCACUAAGAAAGCAGGACUCUAUCAACGGCCAGAAGCCUAUAAGGAUGUCAGUGAAACCGCGGUGGACGAGACAUGGAUAGCGAAAUGUUUGAAGGAUUACUGCCCUGUUCGAUUCAGACGAAUUAAGCAUCUGGACUACGAGAGUCCAGAAUUCAGGUCGAAACAACUGUCAAUGGCGCUACACGCUGUCGCUGACCAGGAAAGGCGCGAAGGCGAUUAUAAGGUGAGAUUUCGUCCCGAGAGGGGCCGAUCAAAGCCCUUCUUACGUGGAUUGCUGCAUUUUGAGAUGGAUGAAGACAUUGUAGACUCACUUGAAGACUUCAUUGCAAGCAAUCGCGGAUUGCCGUCGCUCUUUACAGGAACGGGACCAGCGGUCCGUCGACACUUUUUCAGACGCUGGAAGAAUGUUGACAGGGACAAAGCCAUAAUAUACGAUCAUCUGAAACGCAUGUGGUCGCUGGAUAAACGCUUUGUGAAGCAGCUGAAGAUGGCACGCGAGCUGCGCAGCGACGAACUUGAAGACAGGCGGUUCCUCGAAGAGCUGUUCAACGGGCCUUCAGACAGAUUCCCGCCGUUCUCGUUUUUCACCAACAGACUGACCACAAAGCUUAAAAGCCUCAGGACACCAGCAGAGCAGGAGCAGCGUCUAGAUGGAGUACCUCCCGAGAGAUCUAUUAGCAGCCAUCCGUACUUUGCGUUGCAAAAGCGCCGAGCAAAGAUAUGGAUAAAGAAUCUAUUGCUCAGCAUAUGA